AUGGUAAUAGAUGGAAGCUAUGAAAAAAUUCCUCCACCUGGCACAUCAUCAUUAACAUUUGUAUUCGAUACAACUGGUUCAAUGAAUGAUGAUUUAAUUCAAGUACAAGAUGGAGCUAAAAAAAUUCUCGAUACUGUGCUCAAACAACGUGAAAAACUUAUUUACAAUUAUAUCUAUGUACCAUUUCAUGAUCCUAGAGUUGGACCAGUAUUUUCAACAACUGAUCCGAGAACAUUCCAAAGACAUCUCAAUUCGGUACACGUAGUGGGUGGUGGUGAUUGUCCGGAAAUGACGCUUACCGGUAUUCAAAUGGCUUUAGAAGCUUCAUUGCCAGCAUCUUUUAUAUAUGUUUUUACUGAUGCACGAGCUAAAGACUAUCAUUUAGAAGAUCAAAUUAUUAAUUUAAUUCAGGAAAAGCAAAGUUCUGUAGUAUUUGUGAUGACAGGCGAUUGUAACAAUCGUACACAUCCUGGAUUUCGAUGCUAUGAAAAAAUAGCUGCUGUUAGCUUUGGACAGGUGUUUCAUUUAGAAAAAACUGAUAUUAAUAAAGUACUUAAUUAUGUUCGUCAUUCGAUCACAUUUAAAAAGGUUCAUAUUAUGUAUGAAGUUAGAGAUCAUAGUGGUACAUCAUUAUGUCAAAUACCUGUUGAUAGACUUUUAACUGAAUUAACAGUAUCAUUGUCAGGUGAUAAGGAUGAUGGAAAUUAUUUGGAUAUUAGUUUGAUUAAUCCUAAAGGUGAACGAAUAGAUCGUGCGCAAUUCAGCGAUGAAAGUGGUUCAAUUGAUUUGAGCAAUAUUAAAUUAAUUCGAAUUCGAAAUCCAAUGCCAGGAAUUUGGAAAAUACGUACAUCAAGUCGUUUAAAACAUACGCUACGCGUGCUUGGUCAUGGUGCAAUUGAUUUUAAAUAUGGUUUUGUUGUCAAAUUAACGGAUAGAAUGGAAUUAUCACAUCCACGUCCAAUUGCUUAUCAAAAUACUUAUUUAAUUGUUACAAUGAAAGGAUUAAUAGCGCCGGGAAUGAUAACUGAUAUUUCAUUAAUUGAUUAUUAUGGUAAUGAAUUAUUAACAAAAUUAGCAACAAUGCAUAUGAAUAAUUCAUAUUCAUAUUAUAUUGGACCAUUUAUACCACCAAAUGGAUUAUUUUUUAUUCGUGUAAGAGGUGAUGAUGACCAAUCAUAUAAAUUUCAACGAAUCGCACCAACAGCAAUUUCAGUUAUUAAAACCACGGGACCAAGAGCAUAUAUGGCUAAUCGUAUGAUAGCAACCAUUUCACAGCCAUUUAAUUUGACAUGUUCAGUAGUUUCAAAAGGUGAAUUCACACUUUAUUGGUAUAAAGAUAACAAACAAUUUGGUGAACCACUUUUUUACUCAUAUUCGGAUACAUCUGUUUGGACUUUCCAAGCAAUUACUCCACAAGAUCGUGGCUACUAUCAUUGUAUAAUUAUAAGUCCAUCCGGAAAUCAUACUGUUACUACAUUCCUUGAAACAGAAGAACAAGCACCUGUGAUCACAUCCAUUCGAAAUGAAUCAAUAGCACGAGGAAGUGCAGCAUUUUUGCAUUGUCGCACUGAAAAUUUCAACGCUGUAACGCGAUGGCUAAAAAACGAUUCAAUGAUUGAUAAUACGGCUAAAACGCGUUUGUAUGCUAAUGGUACACUGAUGAUUACUGAUGUUAAUAUGCAAGACGAAGGCAUUUAUCAUUGUCAUGUGCAAACAUCAGGUGGUCAUGCUGAAGCCGUCAUGCAUCUGCAUGUCAUAGAAGCUCCUAAAGUUCAAGUCAUGCCACAGCAAUUGCAUUUCACACGUGGACAGUCAUUUAAUAUUUCAUGUUUCAUUGAUGGCGAUAUGACUUCAGAACCUAAAUGGUACUUUAAAGAACGUCAAAUUAUUCCAAACAAUCAAAAAUACUACAUCACUUAUAAAUACGAUCUAAUUGUUCAACAAGCAACAGAAAUUGAUGCUGGAGUAUAUGAAUGCCGUGCAAGUAAUGCUGCAGGUUCACAUGCAGAUAGCAUGAUUGCACAAAUAUCAACACCGCCAAAAAUACGUGUUAUACGUGAUCGACAAAUGAUUGGCAGAGGUGAUAGUGUCACAUUGGAAUGCAUCAUAGUUCGAGGAAAUCCAAGACCAAAAAUUACAUGGUUUCGUGGAGGACGUGAAGUUCCAAGUUAUAAGUAUAUUACAAUUGAUGAAAAUAAGCUCACAAUUCAGGGAGUACAAGAUUCUGAUGCUGGAUCGUAUACGUGUAUCGCGCAAAAUUUAGCUGGACGUGAUUUAGGAGUAAUUAAUCUUGAUGUAGGAAGUAUGCCAACAAUUGUACCAACACCAGAAAUAGUCCGAGUGAAUAUUGAACGAUCAGUAACACUUCAAUGCCGUGCAAUAGGAUAUCCUUUACCAAAAAUUAAAUGGCAUCGUAAUGGAGUAUCAAUUGAAAAAUUGAAUGACCAUGUUCAAAUUGAUGAUCAAGAUCGCUAUACAUGUACAGCUGAGAAUAUAUUCGGUCGUCAAGAUAAAACAAAUGUAUUAUUAAUUACUGGACUUGUGAACCCAGUAUUAGGACAUGUACCACCAGAAGAGAAAUUAUUAGAGAAUGGAGAACUUCGUUUAUCUUGUAUUGUUGUUCUUGGAACACCAAAACCAAUUCUUCGAUGGUAUAAAGAUGGCAAACCAUUACAAUCUUCCAUUUAUGUUACGGUAGAAUCAGGUGGUAGUAUUUUACUCCUACGUAAAGGUCGUCCACAAGAUGAGGGUCAAUAUACCUGUGUUGCGACUAAUUCAGCUGGCAAUGCUUCUCUCAAUAUUAAUGUCAAAUUGAUUAAAAAACCUCAAAUCGAGAAAAAUGAUGUAUUGAAAUAUACUUUAUCAGCGGGAAAAAUGCUAGAAAUCCCAUGCCGUGCUACUGGAAAACCACAUCCAAAAAUAGUUUGGAGCAUUAAUGGUAAAUCGAUUAGUUCCAGUGAUUCAGAAUAUGAACUUCUUCCGGAUAACACACUGCGAAUUCAACAAACAAGCGUUAGCCAUUCAGGAAAAUAUCAUUGUACAGCAUCAAAUGUAGCAGGUGAAGCAAAGCAAGCAAUUGAUGUAAUCAUUCUUGGUCCACCUGUUAUUGAACUUGGGCAAAUUUCAUAUAAUUUAAUUCAGGGCAAUUCAAUUACAUUACCUUGUAAAGUUCGCAGUGAUUCUACACCAAGGAUUACUUGGUAUUUAAAUGGUGACAAAUUUAACGAUGGUCACAUUGCUAAAGAUGGUUCAUUGACAAUUGCAAAUGUCCAGGAGAUACAUCGUGGACAGUUUAAAUGUGUCGCAACAAAUAAUAUUGGAAUGGAUGAAAAAACAAUCACUUUAACGGUACAUACAGCUCCAACUAUUGAAGGAUCUGAUCAGCUAAAGAUAAUAAUUACAAAUGUUAAUCAAUCAGUAUUAUUACCAUGUCCAGCACGAGCUUUUCCAUUACCUUCUAGAAUAUGGAGCUAUGAAGGUGAUCAAAUCUAUGAAGGUCAUAGCCGUGGAUCUGAGAUGAGUUAUAUAAAUGAUGGAUCACUUGAAAUAGUAACUCCACAAAUGAAUCAUGCAGGUCGAUAUACGUGUCAUGUAUCUAAUUUAGCUGGUGAUGAUCAUAUAACCUAUCUUUUAAAAGUACAAGAACCACCAAAAAUCAUAUCUGAUAUACCAGGUACUAUUGUUGUAGUACUUGGUCUUAUGCUAGAAAUUCCAUGUCGCGCUGUUGGUACACCAGAACCAACAAUUAGCUGGGAAAAAGAUGGUUUUCAGAUCAUUCCGAAUGAUAUUAUUCAUAUCGAUUCAGCAGGAACAAUACGUAUUGAAAAAGUUCAACCGUUACAUCGUGGCAUUUAUCGUUGUUUAGCAACAAAUCCAGCUGGAGAUGAUGAACGAAAUACAAUUGUAAUUGUACAUGAACCACCAAUAAUUUCACCAAAUACAUUAUCGGAUUAUACUACGGUGGAAGGUGAUCAUAUUGAAUUACGUUGCUAUGCUAAUGGUAAUCCAGCACCCAUCAUAACAUGGACUCAAAAAGGAAUCCAAAUAUCAGAUGAUGACAUAUCACACAUGCAUAUCACUAGCGAUGGAACAUUAAUCAUUGAUAACGUAAAAAAUGAUGAUAGCGGUCAUUACAUAUGCAAAGCAUCAAAUGCUGCUGGUGUUGCAGAAAAAUUAAUUCGAUUAACUGUUAUAAUUCCACCUGAUAUUCCUGAUCAAGAAACAGUUAUAACGGAUGCAGUUAUUAUUGGACAACCUUUCAGUCUUUAUUGUCCAGUUUUUUCCAUACCAUUACCACAGAUUACAUGGUAUUUAAAUGAUCAAUUGAUAGUGGAUGAUGCAAAUAUUAUCCUUUCGGAUGAUCAAAGACGUUUGCACAUUUUGGAAUCACGUAAAAUGGAUGCUGGAAAUUACAAAUGUGUAGCACGAAAUCCAGCUGGUGAUUCAGCUAAAACAUUUCAAGUUGAAAUUAUUGUACCACCGAAUCUGAAUCAGAAUAUGCACAAAAUUAAAGUAACAGUGCUAGAAAAUGAGCGAAUCGAGUUAGGUUGUCCAGUAUCAGGUAUACCAGAGCCAAGUAUUGCUUGGCUCGUUAAUGGACAACUUCUUGAGGAAGGUAUCAUAAAACGAGGUGUAAUGUUAGGAUCAGAUGGAAAAUCGGUAAUAAUAGAAACUGCACAAUUGGAGCAUGAAGGAAUUUACACGUGUGUUGGAACAAAUAAAGGUGGAAGUUUGGACGUCGAUAUUCACGUUACUGUUUUCGGUAAGAUUUUAGUUUAUAAUAUUUAA